CAGACCGUUUCGUUUCACUUCUCUCUCUACCUCUACUUUUUAUAGUUCCCUCACUGCAGCUGCCUCUCUCUCUCUCUGUUUUCCAUAUUUUGGCGGAGAGCUCUAAGUCACAACAGUGUUUUUAUGCUGAGCGACUUUCUUUUUUCGUGCUGUGCCCUAGCUUUUGGUAUCUCUGAAUGGAUUUGGUUGCUAAUGCGGAUGCAUUUGUCUAUAAUCGCUCUUGAUCGUGGCUAGAGACUUUGAUUUUCAGCAAGUUGGGAUCUUUUUGGAGGGUUUCGGACGAAAUUCUUUCAACAAUGUCGUUAUCAUCUGGUUUUAUGCUUUAAGCAGGUUGAACUUGCUUGUUUGCUAAACAGGGAGCUUUUUCAUUGCCGCAUUUGGCGGAAGAACAUAGGAGGUGUUACUUUUCAUAGUUUGAUCAGAAAUGGCUCCUAAUCCAAGGGUUGCUAAGGCUUUUGCUGCAAUGAAGGCCAUUGGAAUUCCUGAGGAAACUGUUAAACCUGUCCUAAAAAAUCUCUUGAGAUUGUAUGAUAAGAAUUGGGAGCUCAUUGAAGAAGAAAAUUAUAGGGCUCUUGCAGAUGCUAUAUUUGAGUAUGAGGAAUCUAAGGAAGCAGAGGAAAGGCAAAGAAAGGAAGCCAUUGCAAAUGAGUCUGAACCUCCGUUGAAAAGACUGCGCAGGCAUCAUGUUGGUCAGGCAUCAACCUCAGGGUGUAACUCGAGUCCCAUUUUGGGUGAAGGUUCACCUAAACCAAAAAUGGAGUUGGGUGAUGGAUCUGAAACUUGUUACAGACAGGACAGAACAGAAACCAUGCAGUUUGGAGACAAGAGAGUAGAGUCUGAGCCUGUUUCACCUAUGACACAUCUGAAGAACACGGCUAAAGAAUCUGCUUCAACCCAAACGUGUCCUGGACAGGAAGGAGAAGAGCCAUUAGAAAUUUGUGGAGGAGAAGAAAGAUCUGAAUCUCACUGUGCUUCAUCUCAGGCAUUUGAAAGACAAAAGGGGAAAGAACCUGUUCCACCUGAAACUGCUCCUGUAGAUAAAAGAUCACCUUCAGUUUUUAGAGACAAAGGGAAGGAGCCUGUUUCACCUCAAAUUGCUCUUAGAGACAAAAGAUCACCUUCAAAGAGAGCAUCUCACACAAUCUCUCUUAAAGAGCCAAAGAUUGAACCUGGUAUUGUUCUUCUGCCCAGAGAAAAUGUUCCUAAUAAGAGAAAUAGUGCUUUUAUUGAGCCUAAAAUUGAGGAUUUCACAGAUGAUUUGCCUCAGUUUGAGGUUCCAAUCGCGAUGAUCCAUCCACUUCCAGGACCCCCAAGAAAUGAAGGUCCUUUGAGUAUGAAGGGUUCUUUAAGCAGAAAUGGCUCUACCGCAGAAGUCAAUGGUCAGCGGCCUCAGGCUUCUCAGUCUGUGGAUGCAGGAGAUGAAGGUGAUCACGUUUUAGCUAAAGCAUGCGAGACGGGAAAGCAGCAUGAACUUGUAAUUAACUCUGAGGAAUCUUCUGCUAGGUUUGAGAUUGCCUCAUCACCCCUGGGAGAGGUUAAAAUUUCUUUAAGCUGUGAUUCUGCCCUUGGGAAAUCAGGCUUCCAUGUCCCAACUCUGGAUGAAGUUCUUAAAAUGGUGGAGGACAGAUGUCUAAAAUCGUACCGGAUCAUUGAGCCCAAUUUUUCUGUGAUGACUCUAAUGAAAGAAUUGUGCCAGUGCUUUUUGGAACUGGGCAAUGACUCUGUGGAUGAUAAAGCAGAAGAUGGAAGAAAUGCAACAUCAAGUCCUGAUUCAUUGGGAAACUCAAGUUUGAUAAAAGACGGUGUGGAGGAGAAUCUUCAGAGCAAUUUUAAGGUGCCAGUGGGUUCUUCGAAUGGGACAGGUAAUCUGAAGGUUCUUCUACCACAAGUUUCAAGGCUUGUAGCCAUGAAUGGCCUGGAUAGCCUCGAUCCCAUUACACGACUCAACAGGAAAGCUGUUGAGAACUCCAACACUGAAAGGGAUAAUAAGAAAAAGGAGCCAAAGGGUCAAGACACAGGAAAUUCAACUUUGGUGGUUGUCCAACAGCGCCGGAUUGGUGAUGCAUGGCCUCCCCAUGAUGUAAAUGACAUAUCUAAAGCGGAAGAAAGGGUCAGGAUUUCAUUGGUAAAUGAAUUUGGUGGAGAGCAGUAUCCACCCUUAUUUUACUACAUUCCACAAAAUAUUGUUUAUCAAAGUGCGUAUGUGAAAUUUUCACUUGCAAGGAUUGGAGACGAAGAUUGUUGUUCAAGUUGUUUUGGUGAUUGUUUAUUGUCUUCCAUACCUUGUGCAUGUGCACGUGAAACCGGGGGUGAGUUUGCUUACACAUUGGAAGGGAGAGUAAAGGAAGGGUUUCUGGAUGAAUGCAUUUCUAUGAGCCGUGACCCUGACGGACACCCACGGCGUGUUUAUUGCAAAGAUUGCCCUCUAGAGAGAUCAAAGAAUGAUGAAUUGGCUAACCCAUGUAAGGGCCACCUAGUGAGAAAGUUUAUUAAGGAGUGCUGGAGUAAAUGUGGCUGCAACAAGCAAUGUGGAAAUCGAGUAGUGCAGCGAGGCAUAUCAUGCAACUUGCAGGUGUUUAUGACACCUGAAGGGAAAGGCUGGGGUCUCCGGACACUUGAAGAUCUUCCUAAAGGUACCUUUGUGUGUGAGUAUGUGGGCGAAGUUGUAACGAACACUGAGCUAUACGAGCGCAACAUGCGAAGCUCAAGAAAGGAAAAACAUACAUACCCUGUGCUGCUUGACGCAGAUUGGGGCUCUGAAGGAGUAUUAAACGAUGAAGAAGCUCUCUGCUUAGAUGCUACAUUUUAUGGAAAUGUUGCCAGAUUUGUUAAUCAUAGAUGUUUAGAUGCCAACAUGGUCGAGAUUCCAGUGGAAGUGGAGACACCGGAUCAUCAUUAUUAUCAUCUUGCCUUCUUCACAACAAGAAACAUAGAUGCUUUGGAAGAGCUUACCUGGGACUAUGGGAUAGACUUUGAUGAUCAUAAACACCCUGUGAAGGCAUUUCGGUGUCGCUGUAAAAGCAAGUUAUGUCGAGACAUGAAGCAUUCAGCCAGAGGCAAAUCGGUAACCUUGAGGUGAUCAACGUGCAAGCCUGACUGCUGAACAACUGUAUCUUGAGGACUUGGGAAGACAUUGAGGAUAAAUAUGCUAGAGUGAGGUUCCUGCUGGAUAACAGGCUCGUCGGCAGGAAUUUUGAGGAAUUGUAUAUGGCUUUGUAGAUAGAGGGGUUGGUUAUUACUUUCAACUGUAGUGUUGUAGAAUAUAGGGCUUGGCUACAUUGACCUUUAAGUUGUAGAAGUUGCUGGUUCAACUGGUUCAGUUUUAGUUUUUCGAAAAGCAAAAUCAAUGUUUUUUAUGACUUUUGAAACUGGUUCUAUUUGUGUACCUAAUGGGUACUAAUUGCAGUAGGGUAGUAGAAAAUGUUUUCAUCUUUUACAGUUAUUAAUCAGAAGAGCCAUUAGCUUUUAUUAUCA